CAGCAUGUCGACGAGUGCAAAUGCACGGCUCUGGUCGGGCCUGGCCGAAGGCGACACUGAAGGGGUGGUCCAGGCCCUAGAGGAAGGCGCCGACGUGAACCAAGUGAGCCACGGCGGAGGUCGCCCCAUUCACUCCGCUGCUCUUCGGAAUUCUGGCGGUCUCGUGAGGAUCCUUUUGAAUCACGGCGCCCUCUGCGAUGCAUCCGACGACGAAGGCUUCACGCCUCUAAUGGUGGCGUCCUUGAAUGGGCAUACCGAGGUGGUGCAGGAGCUGCUGAAGGGCGGUGCGGACCCGAAAAUACAUCGGCCUGAUGACUUCGGCGGGGACACAGCCCUCCACAUGGUCACCAGGACAGACGAAGGCGAGGUGUUGAGAGCCCUGCUGGAGGCGGGGGCAGAUCCUAACGCCAGGGCCAGCGGCUUGAACGACAUGACGCCUCUGCACUUGGCUGCGGAGUUCGGGAGAGAGAACUUGGCUGAGCUGCUCGCGAACCACCCGAGCUGCGAAAUCGAUCUGAGAGACGCCCGUGGCCUCACGCCCGCCCGCCUGGCUAAAGAAAGCUGCCCGAGCCUCUCGCUCUACCUGGAUUUGUGCUGCGGAGCCAAGUCUCGCAUGGACAAGCUUCUCAUCGUCGCAGUCAGGAGGAAUGAUGCGGCGGAAGUGCAGGCAGCGCUGGACGAAGGAGCGGACCUGAGCUUACAGGGUCCAGAGGAUGGCGGGACCUUGCUCCACCUGGCGUCCCAGGGUUCCUCAGGACAUGUUCUCCAGAUGCUUCUCUCUCGAGGCGCCUCGGUGGACGCAUGGACCAGUCAGGGAUUCACACCGCUCAUGAUAGCGGCUCAGAGGGGCGCGACGGACGCCUUAGUACACCUUAGGGAUCAUCGGGCCAAUCCAAAGCUGUCCACUCCUGACGGGACGACGGCGCUGCACUUGGCCGUGCAAAGUCAGAACUCUUCCGCAGUGACUGCUCUCCUCGACGCCGGCGUAGACAUCAAUGCCACAAAGGUCGACGGGUCCACGCCGCUGCACAUCGCCGCUGCGUCGGGGGCCCUCAAAAUGGCUCAUCUCUUGUUGGAUGACUACUUGUGGGAUAGUACCAAGGGCGGCUCGGCUGCCCAUGUGGCGAGGGAGGCCGGCCACCUGGAAUUCGCCAAAUUCAUCGAGCAAAGGAUCGGCAUUUGCGAUGAGAGUGACGACCUCCCCCAAGAGGACUUCCGCGUAGUGGUCGGCCAGCCUGUGCCUCCUAGUCCGGGCGUGUACCGGAACCUCUCCGAACCGUAUCGAGGUCGAGUCCUCAUCAUCAACUACCGGGAAUUCAGUGAGGAGAAACUCGCUCGCAUCGGCACUGAGAAAGAUAUGGAAAAUCUCUUCAAAGUGUUUAGGAGUAUGGGCUACCAAGUGGAAGAUCACCAGGACCUGGAUCUGGAAGCGACUAAAAAGGUGCUGAAUGACUUCAGGAGUAACGAGGAUCUAGCUAAAGUUGACUCAAUGUUCGUGUGCAUGUUGAGUCAUGGCAUCGACCGGGAUACAUUCUUCACAUCUGAUAUGAGAAAGAUGGACGUCUCUGCGGUACGGAAUAUGUUCAAAGAUCAGGUUUGUCCUCUCAUGAAGGGAAAACCCAAAGUUUUCCUUUUCAACUUCUGCCGCGGAAACACCUUUGAAAGCUUCUCUGGAAAAAGUAUAGGCGACGAUCUACCUUGGACGUCACAGAGCACGGUCGGCCGCGACGAGGUACCUCCCGCACAGGACGAAGCCCCGCGUGACAUGCUGACCAUUUACGCGUCGACGGAAGGCUUCAAGGCUUUUAGGACGAAUAAAGGAACUUUUUUCGCGCGGUCCCUGUGCCAAACUCUAGCCACUCACGCCCACAACACGGACAUGAUCAGCAUGGUUUCGAAGUUGGACCGGCUGAUGGCAACAAGACGACACGCUACAACGCCGGAGGCACAGAGCUUCGCCUUCCAGAAGUUUUUCCUGAAUCCACUGAAGCCUUCCGACGCAUAGCACUGUGGGUCUCCAACGAUGACUGCGCUUCCUCGCAUGCUAGCGGGGAUGGGUGUAAGUGCCGGCUUUCGUAAUAUGUUUGUGUCCUACCUGACUCUUCUUCAGUACUUAAACACUUGUGUAUUGGUGUGCAUAUACGUGCCUACGUAUGUGUGUGUGUGUGUGUGUGUGUUUGUGUGUGUUUGUGUGUGUGUGUGUGUGUGUUCAUUUGCUAGUUAUCGAUUUAUGUGUUUUUUAUGUAUCCAUCGCUAUUUUAAUUACUGAAAGAGAAUGGUAAAAUAAAGUGAUAGCUAACGCUACACCGGCAAUCAAUUUGCUUUGAGUAGAUUUUCAUUUUAGUUGAGAAUCAUGUUGAAUGAAGAAUCAUUUGGUGGUCGAGAAUUCUUGGUUAUCAUUCUUCACUUUCUUUUUCGUGCUUAAAUAUGAUCCUGCAUGUUUAGAAGAACAAAUAGAUAUCGACAGACAGUUUGGCCGCGUGAAUUGCUUGCGACCUUCGACUUUUUUUUUUUUACUUAAGUUUUUUGUCCAAGGAAGAGACAGAGAGAGAAGCAGAGAAGGGAGGGAAGAGUAUCUUUCUGUGCAAAUAUCUACUUCUGAAUUGCUCGUUGGCGUGGAAUAGUUGCCACAGUUCUCUCUCUCUCUAUGUUGACAUUUAAAAGACUAAACUGUUGGCGUUAAAGAAAGAAGUAAAGUUCUCUCUCCCAUUUAUAACUAAUGAAUUUUAUUUGAAAAUGACUGAGAUGACUACAUGGUUCACGGAUAUGUGGUUGAAUCAUACGUGCUUUUUAUGACUUGCUUAACGUUGUAUGUGUGAUACAUAGGGUUGAUAAAUAAAUAAACAGAUAAAGAGAACAAUAAAUAGAUCGAUAUAUAGAUUGAAAGAGAGAUAGAAAGAGGGAGGGACUAUAAAGUUGUAAUGUGUUAGUCCUUAAUGAAAUAAAACUGGCUUUUUGU